AUGGCCCAAGAUAUUGCGAAUUCGCUGACGAGCAAAUACGCCGGCGCAGGUCCUGCCCGCAGCCAUAUCUUUGCCGCCUUUGCUGCCAUCGCCUGGUACAAUGCCAUUGAACUCAUUGUUCUGUGCUUUGUCUCCUUCAAACGACACCAAGGGUGCUACUUUUGGAGCUUACUCGUCGCCUCCUCCUCCAUCAUUCCACACUGCUUAGGCUUUGUGCUGCUCUUCUUCCCCACCGGGGUCUCGCCCUAUGCCUGCGUCACAUUGAUUAUCGUCGGCUGGAUUGGCAUGGUGACCGGCCAAUCCAUGGUCCUCUGGUCCCGUCUGCAUCUAGUCUUGCAAAAUACAAAAGUACUUUGGGGGGUACUAUGGAUGAUCAUCAUCGAUGCCGUCCUCCUCCACGUUCCCACCACCAUCCUGCUUUAUGGCGCCGCAACUCAAACGAACGGUGCCUUCGCUGCGGGAUAUAAUAUCAUGGAACGCAUUCAGCUUGUUGGAUUCUGUAUCCAAGAACUGAUUAUAUCCGGUAUAUACGUGUGGGAGACGGUAAAGUUGUUGCGCUUACGGCCUGAGGGCCGUCCUUCCGGUAUCCUUCGCCAGCUCCUUCUCAUCAACAUUGUCAUCCUUAUUCUGGAUAUCGCCGUCGUCGUGAUUGAAUAUGUCGGUUUCUAUGCCGUCCAGGUCAUGUUCAAACCGGUGGCUUACAGCAUCAAACUCAAGCUUGAAUAUGCAAUCCUGGGCAAACUGGUGGCAAUCGCUAGGGGGUCCUACGAGGAUGAAUUACCCUCGAGCUCCCGCGAUAUCGUGUCGUUCCCUUCAUCUCAAGAAACCCAAUCGGCGAAUGGGUCUCGUCGUAACAAUUACCGCCAAUAUAGCCUCCCUUGGAUUUGGGAGAGUUCACAACCCUCGAGCUGCAUAUCAUCAGGUGGUUGA